GUUAUAUUUGUAGCAAAUCAGUGCAUACUCGAGACUAAGACUUCUAAUCGACCCCCGAGGCUUUGUUGACAGCUUGCACCAGCUCGCUCACGUUGUCUUGGAGUGUGCAUGACCUGAUAUAAGUCUUAUCAGUGCCUUGUCUUAAGAGUCUUUCUGGGUGGCUUGAGCUCGGGUUGAAGAUGUCGUCGACGACGCCAGGAAACACCAGCUCGGGCAGCCCGCUGGGCACCAGCAAAAGCGUCAAGCUUAACUUCGGGACAAAGACGCCUGGGAAUGGCAAGAGCAAAGAAAAGAUGGACCGAUUCAUCCCCACGCGUUCAGCAAUGGAUUUUGACUCCGCCAACUUCUCGCUGAGCAAGGAGAACAAGCAAGGCGAGCAGGGCUCGCCAUCGAAGGAGGAGUCAUACCAGAAGGCGCUGGCAGCGAGCCUAAGCGUUCACGACUCAAGCCGUAUCCUGGCGUUCAAACAGAAGGCGCCGGCAGCCCCCGAGGGCUAUGAGAACAGCCUGAAGUCGCUGUAUAACCAGAACCUGGCCCCCACUGUGAAAAAGACCUUCCGGCACGUACCCACCACGCAAGAGCGCAUCCUGGACGCUCCUGAGCUCAUGGACGACUACUACCUCAACCUGCUGGACUGGAGCGGGCAAAACCUGAUCGCUGUGGCUCUGGGCCGCUCGGUGUACCUGUGGAACGCGGCGAGCGGCGGAGUGGAGGAGCUGUGCACAGUGCCCAACGAGGGCGACUACAUCUCGGCGCUAAAGUGGGGCAGCGACGGCAACUUCCUGGCGGUGGGUACCAGCGACGCCAAGGUGCAGAUCUGGGACGCCAACAGGCGCAAGCAGGUGCGCGAGCUGUGCGGCCACACCAACCGCGUGUCGGCGCUGUCCUGGAACGGCGCGGUGCUGAGCAGCGGCAGCCGCGAUUCCACCAUCGCCAACUGGGACGUGCGCAAGCGGCGCGACGAGGCGUGCGUGGCGCGGCUCACCGUGCACGAGCAGGAGGUGUGCGGCCUGGAGUGGUCGCUGUGCGGGCAGCAGCUGGCGAGCGGCGGCAACGACAACGUGCUGGCCAUCCACGACGCCUCCUUCCGCCUGUGCCACAAGGUGCAAGCCCACAGUGCGGCCGUGAAGGCGCUGGCCUGGUGCCCCUACCAGUCCAACCUGCUGGCCACCGGCGGCGGCACGGCGGACCGCCACAUCCGCUUCUGGAACACGCACACCUGCGCCAUGCUCAGCGCCAUAGACACCGGCAGCCAGGUGUGUGCGCUGCAGUGGAACCCGCACGCGCGCGAGCUGCUGUCCAGCCACGGCUACUCCAAGAACCAGCUGUGCCUGUGGAAGUACCCCAGCCUGGAGAAGGUGGCUGAGCUGACGGGCCACACCGGCCGCGUGCUGCACAUGGCCACCGGCCCCGACGGCUGCGGCGUAGUGACGGCGGGCGCGGACGAGACGCUGCGCUUCUGGCGGCCCUUUGGCGAGCCGCCCUCAGCCAAGGACGGCGACAGCAAGCUGGGCGGCGGCGCCAUGAUGGGCGCAGCGGUGGGCGCGGGCGGCAGCGCGGGCGGCUUCGGGGGCCUGCGCAGCAUCCGGUGAUUGAUGAUGUGUGGGAGCGGCGCAAACCGCGAGUUAUUAUUUGGUAAGGCCUACCGCGAGCCAACCGUAUUGAUCGCAAAAAGAUGACGGGUCGAAACCAGCCGGAGCGAGAAGCGACUUCGCGAGUCCAUGGACAAUUGACUGUCGCAAGCAAAGGAUUGGGGACCAGGGAGAUGGGCGCUGGGGUUGAGGCGGCGGGAUGCGGGAGCAGGGAGGCGUGGUCUGGUGAGACGGGGACGGGGGAGGCGCGGCGUCGGUGCGCUUGUGCGACUGCGCGCGAGGAGGUGGGGGGUCUUGCGAGUGGCGUGUGACAGGUGAGACGUGUGAUAGGUGUGUGGUGAGCGCUGGCGGCAUUAAAACACAGCUGGGGCGGGGCUUGUCGCGAUGGCGUUGGUUGUGCACGGACGGCCACUUGGGGUUCAGUAAAAGCAGUCAUGUUAGCCCUUGUAGUGGGUUGGACAGAAGUGUGGCAAUGCUUGAUUGACUGACUUGACUACGGGCUUUUACGGGUGACUGGCUUCAGACGCACCGGGGGGCACACAUGCGUGAUGGCUGCUGUGUGCACGCCUGUCCACUGCUGUGCGGCUUCUUGGGCCAUGACCGCUGCAGCAAUGCAGUCACGUGAGCGCGGCGCUCUGCUCGGUUGCGCACAUGUAAUGCGGUCUUGCA